AUGCAGGGUGAAACGGCCACGGACACCGAAGGCAAAGCCGAUGUGUUACCCCAGAUUAAGACCCCAAAUCCGGGGAGAGCCAGCGCCAAGAGCUGGCAGUACAGUGACCACAUGGAGAAUAUUGACGGAUACCUGAUGAAGUAUACCAACCUGGUGACUGGCUGGCAGUACAGGUUCUUUGUGCUGAACAACGAGGCGGGUUUGCUGGAGUACUUUGUGAACGAGCAGUCGCGGCCACAGAAGCCCCGCGGCAUGCUACCGCUGGCCGGAGCAGUCAUCUCCCCCAGCGACGAGGACUCGCACACCUUCACCGUCAAUGCCAUCAGCGGAGAGCAGUACAAGCUCCGAGCCACCGACGCCAAAGAGAGGCAACACUGGGUGAGCCGGCUGCAGAUCUGCACACAGCACCACACAGAGGCCAUGGGGAAGAGUAACCCUCCUCCGAAGUCGCGCAGCUACUCCAUGGCGUCGCAGGGCAGUGGCAGCUCGCCCAUGUCCAUGCGGCGGCCCAGCCAGAAUCCCUCCUCCAUGUUCGGCUGGUCCCAGGCCAAAGGCUCCGCGCUCUACUCCAGCAAGAGGUCCCUGCUGCCGGACCACCUGCUGGACGCCAGGGAGAUGAUGAGCCAGGCGCACGGGCAGCACAGGGAGCUGCUGGAAGGGAUCGAAGGUCUUCCUGCGGCCCCCGGACUGUCUCCUCUGGACCAGGACCUGCUCAUGCUCAAAGCCACGUCCAUGGCCACCAUGAGCUGUCUCAACGACUGCCUGCAUAUCCUACAGCUGCAGCAGCUGGCCCGGCAGAGGGGCACGCUUGCAGGGCCGACCAUCGAGUGGCUGGAGCCCAAACUGCCCGAGUUGCUGAAGAACGGAGGAGGCUUUCCCCAAGGAGAGGGCCCACUGGAGGGGCCCCGGCUAGAGCUGAGCACGCCAGACUCCAGCUGCUUCUCACAGGAGGAGGAGAUGGACCCCGAGGAUGAGGUGGAGGACACGUUCUCAGACACAGAGGAGGACCUGGGGGCUGUGGAGGAGGAGCGCAGCAUCAUCCUGCACCUGCUGUCCCAACUGAAGCUGGGCAUGGACCUCACCCGGGUGGUGCUGCCCACCUUCAUCCUGGAGAAGCGCUCUCUGUUGGAGAUGUACGCAGACUUCAUGUCCCACCCUGACCUUUUUGUGUCCAUCGCCGACGGCAACAGCCCCGAGGAUCGCAUGGUGCGCUUCGUACAGUACUACCUCACCUCCUUCCACGAGGGCCGCAAAGGGGCCAUCGCUAAAAAGCCCUACAACCCAAUCAUCGGAGAGACCUUCCACUGCUCCUGGAGGGUCCCCCAGAGGCCCUCCUCCAGCCAGUCCAACAUGUCCAACGUGUCCUCCCAGUCGUCCCAGGGCGAGGCCGGGGCUGAGGGCGGGUACACCGUGCGCUUUGUGGCCGAGCAAGUGUCCCACCACCCGCCUGUGUCCGGCUUCUACGCAGAGUGUCCAGACAAGAAGAUGUGCGUGAACACCCACGUGUGGACCAAGAGCAAGUUCAUGGGCAUGUCCAUCGGGGUGUCCAUGAUCGGAGAAGGCUGCCUGCACCUGCUGGAGCACGAAGAGGAGUACACCUUCACCCUGCCUUGUGCGUACGCCCGCUCCAUCCUCACCGUGCCCUGGGUGGAGCUCGGGGGGAAGGUCAACAUCAACUGCUCAAAGACCGGCUACUCUGCUGUCAUCACCUUCCAGACCAAACCCUUCUACGGAGGCAAGCUGCACAAAGUGACGGCGGAGGUGAAGCACAACUCCACCAACGCGGUGGUGUGUCGGGUGCAGGGCGAGUGGAACGGCUCUCUGGAGUUCAGCUACCCCAGCGGAGAGACGCGUGUGCUGGACGUGACCAGGCUGCCAGUCACCAAGAAGCUGGUGCGACCCAUAGAGAAGCAGGGGCCCACAGAGUCCAGGCGGCUGUGGCAGCAUGUGACCGAGGCCCUGAGGCAGAAAGACAUCGACAAAGCCACAGAACACAAAAGGAUCCUGGAGGAGCGGCAGAGGACUGAGGAGAGGCACCGCACAGACUCAGACACGUUAUGGAGGACCCGAUACUUUGACAAAGAGGGUGAAGGCUGGGUGUACCAUAAACCACUUUGGAAAACCUCCUCUAUCAAGUCCUAG